AUGGGUUCCUCGAUGAGAUGGCUCGCUGUGGCAGCUCUGGUGUCUUUCUCUCUUGACAAGACGAGUGCUCUUGAGUUUGAUCUGCCACCUUCAGCACCAGAACCUACUUCACCGGCGAGACUUGGUGCUAUCCGUCAUGUAUAUGCUCGCGCAGACGCAACUACUGAGACUCUCAGCAUCACUGUCGCCCCGGACAACACUUGUGGUUUUUACACGCCAAACACAUCUUUCUUCUUCACAUGUACUGGCGGUGUGAGGUGUAUGUACGAGAAUGACAAGUACAAUGUUGCGUUUUGUGGUGAGAGGGACUUCAAGACGGCCUGUAUGAACAGUGCCGAUGCCUUGAACCCGGACAAGUGUGAUGUGGACUGUAGACGGAACACAAACAUUCAGAAAUGUACUGCCGAUACAAAGACGGAGUGUUACACCAUCUACUUCCCCAACAACAUCGAGAAGUACCCUUGCCAUACACAAUCAGGCUUCAGCAGCAUGAACUUCCCAGAUGGUGUAAGCGACUUCGAACAGUCAACACUAGGCGUAGACGUCUUCCCAGCCCUGGCCACCACCGAGGCAUCAAGCACAGAAGAAUCAACCACCGAAGUCUCAUCCAAGUCGACAACCGCAGCAUCGACCACAACAGUCACAGGCGCACCCCAGAACGACGACGGUGAAGAAAACAAGGACAACAGUGGAGGAAGCAGUACACCCGUAGGCGCUAUCGCUGGCGGCGUCGUUGGAGGUGUCGCCGUUCUCGUUGCCGUGGGCCUCAUCAUCUUCUUCAUCCAUCGACGAGACAACAAGAAGAAAGCAGCAGCUCAGCCAUUGAUGUCAGACCAAGCACACACGCAGCCGCAAAUGCCGUACGGAAUGGCCCCUCAACAACAACACAUGCAUCCUUACCAGGAAUGGCAUACUGGAUCACCGCCCCCUCAGGGCUGGCAACAGAGCCCUUCACCUCCCAUCCUAGGAGGAGCUCCAGUGCUGGUUGAAGCUCCUGAUUCUAAUACUGCUCAGAUUCAUGAGAUGGGCGAUGGAACCGUCAAGUACAAAUAA